AUGGCUACGAAUCAAGAUUCGACUCGUUCUGUUUCCGAUCUUUAUGAGAAUCCGUACUAUCUUCAUCAUAAUGAUCAUGCUGGCUUGGUUCUGGUAACUGAUCGAGUGACAACAGCUGCGGAUUUUAACUCUUGGAGGCGUUCUGUUCGUAUGGCUUUGAACGUUCGUAACAAGCUUGGCUUCAUCGAUGGUACUAUAUCUAAACCAUCUCAUAUGCAUCGUGAUUAUGGUGAUUGGUCUCGUUGUAACGACAUUGUGGCGAUGUGGUUGAUGAAAUCUGUGUCAAAGAAGAUUGCUCAGAGUUUGCUUUUUAUCUCCACGGCAGAAGGGAUUUGGAACAAUUUGCUUUCUCAUUUCAAGCAAGAUGAUGCUCCUUGUGUCUUUGAUAUUGAGCAGCGUUUGAGUAAGAUUGAGCAAGGUUCCAUGGAUGUUUCUACCUAUUAUACAGAGCUGGUUGCUCUUUGGGAAGAACAUCAAAAUUUUGUGGAGUUACCGAUAUGUACUUUUGGCAAAUGUGAAUGUGAUGCAGCUGCGUUGUGGGAGAAGCUACAGCAAUGUAGUCGAAUGACUAAAUUCCUCAUGGGGUUGAAUGAAUCAUAUGAGCACACUCGGCGUCACAUACUCAUGCUUAAACCCAUUCCAACCAUUGAAGAGGCGUUCAACAUCGUUACUUAG